CUGUUUCUCCAUCAUUCAACAAAUUCUCUCUCAGAGUACUCUUCUCAGUUCUCAGUGGCGGCACUUUCUUCUUCUACCGCCGCCACUGCCAUUACAACAUUCCAUAAACAAUAAUAAACUCAAACAUGGAGUAUCAAUUCAAUGACCCUUAUGAAACUUCCAUUGAUCCGAGUUUCUUCGAUAUAACUAACCCCACACUAGCAGAUUUAUCCAUUACUGACAACAAUGCACCCCACCAAAAUCAUCAUGGAGUAUUUCAACAGUCACAUGAUACUAACUUUAAUCAUCAUUUUUCCAACCAUAAUGGUAUACUUCAACAGGAACAUGGUACUAAUGAUUUCGAAAUGUCACAGAAUGAUUCAUUUGAUUACAAUGCAAUGUCAUCUCAUCCAAUGCAUGAGGAUCAACAAACUCAACCUUUGAAUCAGAUUCCGGUUUCGAUGAACCAAACCGAUGCAAUGACACUUGAUCAAUGGCCACCCACACCAAUUCCAUAUUUUUGCAGUUGUUGUCAAGUUCUCAGAGAAAUCAUCCAUGCAAAUGGUAGUCAAUUCGAAAAGCUUGAGAUUCAUGGAAGGUUGGGUUUGAUUACCCAUGCAAUUCAUCAUCAGACACCUGUUAAUGGAGACCUACCAAUUAGUCAAAUGAUUGAUUUAAGCAGAAAAAGCCUUGAUGAAAUAAAGAAUUAUCUGGCGCAAUACUGCAUGGAGCAUAUUUUAGAAGGAUACUUUAUUCUUCAAGAUCCCAUGUCUGCAUAUUAUGAAACUCUUUGCACUGGAUUGGAUUGGAUUGAAGAUUUUAACAUGGAGGGUCCUGUUGAUAAUAAUCAAAAUAAUUCAGAUGAAAUGGUGGAGCAAGAGCAAGAACAACAGCAAGUGAGUGAGAAUGGAAAUCCUAUUACUGAUAAAAAGAACCUCUCAGAACAGAGGGAAAAAGCGGGAAAAUUGACAUUGAAUGAUUUAUGCGAUUAUUUUCAUCUACCUAUUGAGGAAGCAGCGAAAACUGUGGAUUUGUGUCCAACAGUUCUCAAGAAAACAUGUCGUAAAGCAGGAUUAGCAAGAUGGCCUCACCGAAAGGUGAAAAGCCUUUUGAAGCAGAUAGCAUUACUAGGAACUCAAUUGGAAAAACAAGAACCGGCGACAAGGGCAAGGACUGAAGAGGAUAUUAGCAGGCUUAAGCAAGAAAUGAUUGAUCAUUGUGGUGGACAUAUACCAACAGCCAUGUAUAACAUCGCCGCCUUCUUGCCACCAAAAUAUCAGAAGCGCCAGUAGUUCAUGGUUCAAUUGUUCUGGAGAAGCUAGAGUGCCUAAAUCGAUAUAUUGAUUCUUAACUUGUACAAAAUGUAUAUGAUAUAUGAUAGUUUGGUGUGUUUUUUUUGUUUGUUUGUUUUGGUUUGUGAUUACUUUAGAUUGAAUGGUGGUGGUGAUAAUGUACAUAAAGUACCAAAGAAUUUGCCC